CAAAGAUACACCUCCAUCAAGAAAAGUACACAGUCCCCAAAGCCAAAUCAUACCAUCAUGUUGCAAUCAGUACGAUCACAGUCGCUGCGAAGAGCACUUCCCUCCAUCCAAACCCGUUCCGCCUCCCUCUUUGCCGACAACUCCAAGAAGAAGAACACUGCCGCAGAUGAAUACUGGGCAAAGGUCACAGCCAAAGACCCUCGAGACCCCCGCGCAGACAUCAUCAAACGCGUUCUCGAAUCCCCCGCCGAAAACGAAAAACUCAACCUCACCCCCCAGGAAAAAAUCAUGCACAACACCAUCCACCGCGCAUGGCAACUCCAUCUUCGCUAUCAGAGAGAAAAGCAGGAUGCGGCUUUGAUGUCGCAGUAUAAUAAGAUGAGGGAGGCUUGUGAACAGUUGAAGCAGGGGCAUUUGACGUUGUAUUCAAAGGCGAUGCCGAAGGAGAGGGCGAAGAGGUAUCCGGUUGAGUUGAGGAUUCCGACCGAGACGCCGGGGGAGAAGCCUUGGGAUUAUACGUGGACUAGGCCAGCUGUCGAGGAUGUCACGCCAAAGAAGAAGUGAGUUAUGCGUGGACUAGGCCUGUGAAGGAUUUGAAGCCGGAGAAGGAGUGAGGAGGGCAAUGAUGUCGGUUGGGUGACAUGUACGAGUGGAAAUGAUGA